UUGUCAACAUUGCAGCAGAUAACGAUGAUUGGCAAUAUUUCAUUGACAGUGCUGGAAAAAAUGUUAUACGUGAGUGUUUCGCCGCCGUAUCACGAGAAAAUUUGGAAAAUCCAAAACAACCGAAAAUACCACGUGGAUUCCUUGAAAUGAUUGCCGAUGAUCAAUUUGAAUGGCCAAGUAGGUACCAAAUGGGCAACGCAUUUGAAUACUUGAAUCAACAAUAUUUGUCAAAUGUUACGACAAAUUUGACAACGCAUUUAGAUAAUAUAUUGGAGAACUUCUUGCAAAUGAUUCGCUAUAAAUUGAACGAAGACCCUAAUCGGCUCAUAAAAUUUGAUGGCAUUGACAUAAGAAAUGCAAAGAACAAUCUUAUGUUCAAUCAAGAUUGUACCGGAGGCGAUCAACACCGAACGAACAAAAUGAAUGAGUUGUAUGAACAAGUCGCCGUACGCUGUUUACCAUCAUUUCGCAACCAUUUGUCAAUGAUUGAAUACAUCGAGAAAAAGUGGUUUGAAUCGUUGUGGUUUUUCAUCUUCAUUCAACGUGAAAUAAGUAUAUUUUUGGAAGAGCAUCACGAUCUUGUGCAAUUAUGGCUACGACACCAACGCCAUCCGCUUUUUUAUUGCAAACCAUCCAAGCCAUUGCCACCAAAAAUAAGAAAUUUCACCGUCAUACCGAUAUGUGACCCGCAGUUGAAACACAUUAAAUUCGAUCAAGUUGAUUUGAUGAGCCUGCUGGCCCAAUGGAAAGUUGUGCCGAAGAUAUUUAACAAUGAUCAUGGAGGGCAUAAUAUGUAUAGCCGUAACUAUUACAAGGAGAACGAACAUGAAGCAUGGGCCAUUUUGUUCAACAUGGACAAGAUCAACGAGAUCAAGAAACCGAACCAACAGUUUCAUCACAUGAUAGUCUGCGAUAGCGUUUCCGCGUCGGUAUUGUACAGAACACCAAAGCCUGAGAUCGAGAAUAAUGAGUAUAAAUGAAAACUCGAGAACAAUGAGUAUAAAUACAUCGUCGCAAUUGAUCCCGGUAUGAAAACAUACUGAGCCGGAAUUCGUCGGAAUAUUGAAGAUCGCACUGAGGAAAAUUUCAAGAUAUCUUCGAAGUCAUAUCAUUGGGGUGCCGGACGAAAAGUCAGAGACAAAAUGGGAAAGCAUAUGACUGCCAGAUUCACGCAACGAGAGCAAUUGGACCGUGAAAGCUAUCCAUCGAUACCAUCACCGCGAGGAAUCCGAUGGAGAAAUUACGUCAGGCAUCGAUUAACCAUGGUGAAAGAUGCAGUGGCUGCAUAUGCUCGGCGACGUUAUGCACGGCUUUCGUUUGACAAAUACAUCGGGUCACAAGGUGAGAAAGAUUAGCUGGCGAAAGUAAUAACAAAGAAUGAGCCAUCGCUUAUAAACAUCGGAGCAGUGGAUAUGGCACCCAAUUCACCAAUUGGCAUAAAAAAGGAAAACGAUGCCCAGGUACACGGCAUCUUCAAUGCAGCGUUAAAAAACUUGGCCAUUCAGAUGUACACAAAGUGAAUGAAGAUUUCACAUCUCAACACUGUGCGAAUUGCCAGAAGAAAUUCCCGAUUCAAACACAAAAAUAUCGAUUCAAAGUGUGCCGUAACUGUACUCGCGAUGCACCAAUACCACAAGAAAUAGAACCGUAUAUCUCACUACCACGGCUAAUUGUGACGAAGAAGAGUCAACGACGCAAAAAGAAAGAUAGCUGCGUGAAGAAAUUGAUCGCAAGGCAUCAUGGAUCCAGCAAAUCAACCAGCAGAAUUUCAACCAGGGCCAAUGCAAACGUUGUUCCAGAUCAAUGAUUAAGCAGCGUCGAAAUCAAAAAGAAAAAAUAUAAUAACUCUGGUAGUUAGUAGCAAAGCUUGUAUUUUGUGGCUUUGGUGAUUGUGUAUAGUACACAUUGUCUAAAUGUGUAAUUGUACACAGCUCAGUACAGAUUUAUC